AGAAAGUCACUGUACUUUGAUCCGGAGCAGUGGGUGCGCCAUUGGAAGUACUUGACGGAUCAUCCGCUCGGAUCCUCCAAGCCCAUACCAAGUGGUUUCUCGACUCGGACAAUUCGGACGGUAAAAAUGACCGCGGUGCUAUCUCCACUAUUCCCUCUUACCACCGUACAUAGUUCGCGGCGGAGCAAUUAUGCGGUAUGCUAUAAGAUUAGGCACCUACUUACCUACCUAUGCAUAAAAAUCGAGAAUUGACAUCAUAGGUCAUUGCAUUAUUUCUAGAUUGUCAGAUUCUCGUAAGAUUAGCGAAUAAUCGAUCCAAGAUACCGGAAUUUCGAUAAAUUGAGUAAGGCCUGGAUUUACCUACCUAACCUAGGAGGUAGAUGCACCGGAGGUUGUCAGCCCCGGGACGGCAUGUCCCUUUGUGCUAUAGAUUGACACAUCGACUAGCAAGAUCCUUCGCCUCGUGCAAGAUGUGUAUUUUGGGUUACACUUCUGUCGUGAAAGGGGCAGUGACGGACUGCAGGCCUUUAAGUCCGUCUGCACUGUCCUAUCUCCUGUAUGAUCUUGAGACCUUGGGGAUGAUAUAAAGGGGAGUGCAUUCACUCCAUGAGAAGGAAAUUGUCAUCAACAAAGCCAAACACAUAUCUCGAUCUCCUUGUCCUACUCAACAUACCAACAUACCUACCGAAUCAGAAAAGAAAAACCCUAGGCCUUACAUACUUGCCAUGGCAUCCAACAAGACAGUAGUCCUCGUCACUGGCGGCAACAGCGGCAUCGGCUUCGAAACCGUGCUCGCCCUCUCCAGCGCCUCGCCCAACCUGCACAUCCUCCUCGGCAGCCGGUCGCUCGAGAAGGGGCAGAAGGCGCUCGAGGAAAUGCAGGCGCUGUCGCGCUCGCGCCCCGACGAGGUCGCGCUCCAAAGCCCCAUCUCCGUCCUGCAGCUCGACGUCGCGGACCGCGCGUCCAUCGCGGCGGCGAAGCAGGAGAUCGCGGCGCGCUUCGGGAAGCUGGACGCGCUGGUCAACAACGCCGGCGUCAUGGUCCACCACACCAAGGACCUCGAGGAGGUGCUGCGCCUCAGCUUCGAGGUCAACACGUUCGGCCCGCUGUUCCUGACCGAGGCGCUGGAGCCGCUGCUGCGCGAGGCGGCGGCAACGGCGGGGGCGGGGGGCGCGCGCGUAAUCUACGUGACGUCCUCGCAGGGCUCGAUCUCGGAGAAGCACGCGCGCAACGAGUCCGACCUCCAGUACCGCGGCUUCCUCGUCGCCGAGCCGUACCGCAUGAGCAAGGCGGCCGUCAACAUGCUCGCCGCGUGCCACCGCGCGAACUUCGGGGGGUGGGGGUGCAAGGUCCUCGCGCUGAACCCCGGGGACUGUGUGUCGAACUUGACGGGGGCGGAGGGGCUGAAGGCGAGGGAGAAGAGGGGCAGCCAGAGUCCCAAGCUGCCGGCGGGGGCGAUCAGGGACCUGGUGCUGGGGAAGAGGGACGGGGACUUUGAGAAGAAUGGGAUUGUGGAGGUGGAUGGGGGGGUGUUGCCUUGGUAGGGCUGGCGGGUAGUUGCUAUUUGGAAGUCGGUUGGAUGUCUCACCUCUGUGGAUCGGGUAUAGCUGUGAAACUUAUCGUAUCAUAAAACCCUGAGGAUGUAUUUCCUUGUUGCUUUGGUUUUCUUACUGGUGCAUAUCGUUAGUUAAGGCUUAUGUUGUAGGCUACCCCUGACUCCAUGAAAUGCCACUCAGUAAUCAUUCAGAGGGUAGCCUGUAGACCCCCCAGAACCUGGCUUGUGUAAUUCUCAUUCCAUUCAGACGGCGAGUUCCUAGGUAGGUAGGCCCGGUCCAGUUUAGCAAUACACAUCUCCCAUACGCGAUAUAGUUAUCUCCUCCACAAGUCUUAUCUCCGAAGGAUCAAUCGUAUGAUAUGAUUCUGUCGUGGAAUAAACUGUUUCUCCAAGCCAGACCUCAUCUUAAAGUCAAGUGCCGUGCCGGGUCGGGUCGGGUCGGGUCGGCCCGUAUCUCAAUCGGAACCGAAACGAACGUUCGGUUUCUCUAUCGGCUGAUGAUUGACGUUUUUUCAUGCCACGAAUGGCCAUCUUACCAUACGAUUCGCGUCUAGCGAAGCCGUCGACGGAAAAACUUUCUACCCGGAGCGCAAAACUCGGAAAUGUUGAUGAAGGGGUAGCAGAAUAUCGAAGUCAUGUCAAUUAUCAACCUUUCUCUCAAUUAUCUCUAGUUACUAAGUUACCCUG